CUAAAUAAUAAUUGAACAAACUCAAGUACAGAAACCUUAAAUAGUUAGAGACAGGCAUUUAGAACACUUUUCAUUUCCCAACUUUGCCCUUUGAACUAAAUUGUACUUUCCAAUUUUCAGAGUUCAGUUUAAUAUAGAUAGAUAAAAGGAAGAAAAUGGUUUUUGGUGUAGCAAUGGUGAAGAAUACUUGUAGUGAAGAAAUUGUGACAAAAUUAUCAGUUGAUGAUGAAAAACAAGAGGAGGUAAUCAAUUUGUGCAUUUCUUCGAUUGGAUGUUCGAGGAAGAAGCUUCUUGUUCUUGAUAUUAAUGGACUUCUUGCUGACAUUGUUUCUCCACCUCCAAAGAAUGUUACUCGAGAUACAACCAUUUCGAGAAAAGCAGUAUUCAAGAGACCUUUUUAUCUUGAGUUUCUGAACUUCUGCUUUGAGAGAUUUGAUGUGGCUGUGUGGUCUUCAAGAUUGAAAAAAUAUGUUGAUAGGGUUGUUGAUUAUUUGAUGGGAGACAUGAAACAAAAGUUGAUUUUCUGUUGGGAUUUGUCACAUUGUACUGAAACAUGUUUCAGAACACUUGAAAACAGACACAAACCACUUGUUUUUAAGGAUUUAAGGAAAAUUUGGGACAAAUAUGAUCCUAAUCUUCCUUGGGAUAAGGGAUAUUACAAUGACUCAAACACAUUGCUUUUGGAUGAUUCUCCCUACAAGGCAUUGCUUAAUCCGCCAUACAAUUCAAUCUUUCCUCAUACAUACAGUUAUGAGAAUCAGAAUGACAUUUCACUAGCUGCGGGAGGCAAUCUACGACGAUAUCUAGAUGGAGUGGCAAAUGCUGAAAAUAUGGUGAAGUAUGUAGAACAGCAUCCAUUUGGUCAAGAACGGAUUAACGAAAGAAGUGAUUCUUGGAAUUUCUACCUCAAUGUUAUCAACAGUCUUAUAGUUUGUUGACAUGAAAUGCUGAAAAUAUACUAGGCUAAACUGCCAUAGAACAAAUUGUUUUUUGAUGCUUGUAUGUUAAGUUUCCAUUUUUUAGUAUGUUGUUAGGUAUGGAUUUUUCUGAAAAGUUUCAUAAAUGAAUGAAGUUGCUGGAUUUGUUGUGAUUAGUGCAACAUAAGAUUGGCUAGAUAAGUUUCUUUAGUGAUGAAAUGGGAGAAAAAAUUAUGUACUAGUAUGCUAUUGACACUUUAGAUUC